AUGCUUCGCCUGCUCGCGCUCUUCAGUGUGCUCUCACAUGUUCUCCUCAAUGCACGUGCAUAUAUAGGGGACGGCUGUAGUGAGACGGUUCUGGUCACCGAAGCCGUGAAAGUCCACUCACACAUCGUGAACAUCACCAUCCCGAGCUGCGAUCACGGCCACGUCCCGUCCCCCGCGCCGGUCGACAUCCAGCACUCGGUCCUCGCGCGCCACCUUGGCUCGCGCCUGACAACCGCGCGGCGCUCUCUUGGACCCCUGGCGGAGCGUGACAGCGUCUCCGAAUGCGCGCACCCCAAUAUCUGCCAGUGCGGCCAGAGCUGCGCCGUGUCAUGCCAGACGUUCUCCACUGUCGAUCCCGCACCGACGACGUCCGACUGCGAGACCCUCGUACAAGUUCUACGUAACAUGCCUUCCCUCAUCGGCCCGACAUUCGUUCAAGGCACCGGCUUCCCGAACCCGAUCAUCAUCGACUUCAGCACCUGCCGCGCCGCACUCGGCAACACACGCGCGGACAAGGCCGAGAUCGAAUACUGCUGGGACGGGCUGGCCAACUCGGCGAGCGCGAUCGUGAGCGACUGUCUCGCGCCUGGGCUCACCCUCGGCGGGGAUUGCACCGCCAGCAGCGGGUCGUGGCAGUCAGGGAUCAGCGGGCUGUUGCGGUCCUGA